AUGUAUCCUGAUGGUUUUCUGGCGGCAUCUUGGCGGAUCAAGAUGAUCGAGCCAAUUCGUCGGAGCACUAGGGAUCAACGUGAGGAAUGGAUCCGUACGGCUGGUUACAAUCUAUUCGAACUCAAAAGUGAUCAAGUCUUUAUCGACCUUCUCACCGACAGCGGGACCGGAGCGAUGAGUGAUCGCCAGUGGGCGGCUUUGCUAAUGGGAGAUGAGACAUACGCUGGGUCAUCUUCCUUUUCUCUCCUCGAGGGGAAAGUAAAAGCUCUAUUUGGAUUCGAGUACGUCCUUCCGGUCCACCAGGGCCGCGCCGCCGAAAACGUUUUAUUCUCCGUGCUCAUCAAGAGGGGCAACGUUGUGCCGGGUAACUCUCAUUUCGACACUACACGAGCUCACAUCGAAUACCGACAGGCGACGGCAUUAGACUGCCCCCUCGACAAGGCCUUCUGCAUCGACAAGCAUCACCCUUUCAAGGGCAAUGUCGACUUGCAGGAGCUCAAAGCCAUCCUUGACUCCGAGAAUAAUAACGUACCCAUGAUUGUGGUGACAGUUACCUGCAACAAGAGCGGUGGUCAGCCGGUAUCCCUCGACAACAUGCGUCGCGUCAGGGCACUUGCUAGGGAAUACUGCAUCCCUGUGGUUUUUGACUCGGCACGAUUCGCGGAGAAUGCUUGGUUCAUUCAGAAACGGGAGCCUGGCUAUUCCAACAAGACCAUUAAGGAAAUUGUCUGGGAAAUGCAUCAGUGCGCGGACGCCAUGGUGAUGAGUGCCAAGAAGGACUGCAAUGCGAAUGUUGGAGGCAUCCUGGCGAUGCGGGACGAACAUUGGUUUCGACAAGCUUCGGAAAACGUCAUACUUUUCGAAGGAUUCACGAAAUACGGUGGAAUGGCUGGAAGAGAUAUGGAGGCCUUGGCCAUCGGUCUCGAUGAAUCCACGUGCUCGGACUACUUGGACUUUCGCAUCGGCCAGGUUCGGCGGCUGGGAGACAGCUUGACAGCAGCCGGUAUCCCUGUCCAGCGACCGGUUGGUGGUCAUGCGAUCGUUGUCGAUGCGACUGCCUUCUUGCCUUUGGUCCCCAAGGACGAAUAUGCCGCCCAGGUGCUAGCCGUUGAGCUGUACCUUGAGGCCGGCGUGCGAGGCGUAGAAAUAGGUACGCUGAUGAAUGAUCGGGACCCGGAUACGGGUCGUGAUCGUCGCGCGAAGGCUGAAUUCAUGCGUCUCGCCAUUCCAAGGAGGGUAUACACGAACGAUCAGCUGGACGUCGUGGCCAAAGCGCUCAUCAGCAUCUACCGCCGCCGAUCAACCAUAAUCAGAGGCUUUCGGAUUCUCAAUGAGGCCAAAAGGCUGAGGCACUUCACAGUGACUUUGGAGAGAGCAGGGGAACCAUAUGCAAAGGGGAGUUGA